GACGUUUUUCGCUUCUCACACUCGCUCACCAGAAGUCCGCGUUGCUGUGCUGUGUGGUGGUGGUUCGGGUGACUUUUUUUUCUCUCCUCUUGCGUGAAAAUUCCUCCUGGAUUUUCGCACGGCUCACUCGACCGCAGCCCCGUGUUCCAGCGCACAACAAUCGCAACCCGUGUGCCGCCGUCGUCGUGUCACAAGCACGGAAUUGUCGAUUCCCGGUCGAAAUCAGUCGAAAAAGUCGAAGAAAAAACGGUGCCUGCUGCGAUAACCAACAAGACGAAGAAGAAGAAGAGGGAGAAGGUGAAGGCAAAGAGCAAAUAACGGAAGAAGAGCCAGUGUGUGUGUGUUUGUGUGUGCGUUCGUGUUUUUGAGUGUGUGCGGUGGAACGGCCUCAGCCAGCAGCAGCAGCGCUAGUGCGAGAGAGUGAAGAAAAAAGAAGUGAAUUCCUACAAAAUGUCGGACCCAGACGCAUUAAACAUCGAUCAUCUGAUUGCUAUGCUUUUGGAAGUUCGCGGUGCGCGGCCAGGAAAAAAUGUUCAAUUGUCAGAAAAUGAAAUCCGUGGCCUGUGCCUGAAGUCUCGGGAAAUUUUCCUGUCACAGCCGAUUCUCCUGGAGUUGGAGGCGCCGUUGAAAAUUUGCGGUGACAUCCACGGACAGUAUUAUGAUUUGCUGCGUCUGUUCGAGUACGGCGGCUUUCCCCCAGAGUCGAACUACCUCUUUCUGGGCGAUUACGUCGACAGAGGAAAGCAAUCGCUGGAGACCAUCUGCUUGCUGCUUGCCUACAAGAUCAAAUACCCGGAGAACUUUUUCCUGCUCAGAGGAAACCACGAGUGCGCCAGCAUCAACAGAAUAUAUGGGUUCUACGAUGAGUGCAAGCGGCGCUACAACAUCAAGAUGUGGAAGACGUUCACCGAUUGCUUCAACUGCUUACCGGUGGCGGCGAUCGUGGACGAGAAGAUCUUCUGCUGCCACGGCGGCCUGAGUCCCGACCUGCAGUCGAUGGAGCAGAUCCGGCGCAUCAUGAGACCGACGGACGUGCCCGACCAGGGUCUGCUGUGCGACCUGCUGUGGUCCGACCCGGACAAGGACACCAACGGUUACGGCGAGAACGAUCGCGGUGUCAGCUUCACCUUUGGAGUGGAUAUUGUUGGCAAAUUUUUAACCAAACAUGACUUUGAUUUGAUAUGCCGAGCCCACCAGGUGGUCGAAGAUGGGUACGAAUUCUUCGCCAAGCGUCAGCUCGUGACACUCUUCUCGGCGCCCAACUACUGCGGCGAGUUUGACAAUGCGGGAGCCAUGAUGUCCGUGGACGACACGCUGAUGUGUUCCUUCCAGAUACUGAAACCAGCUGACAAACGUAAGUUUCAAUACGGCGGCAUAAACUCUGGACGACCGGUCACACCGCCCCGAGGUUACAGUAAAAACAAAAAGAAAUAAGCAGAUAAUAGCUAAUCAAUGGAUAUCAAAAGUUCACAACAACAACAAAAAACAACAACAACACACACACGUUUAAAAACAAGUUAAACAACAUGAUGACUUAUACAAAGUUGAAGCAAAUAAUAAAAAUUGAGGAUAAACAAAAAAACACAAGCAUACAACAAAUAAUAAUUUAAUAUUAAUUUAAAUGACUAGAACAUAAAACUAAAAAAAAACUUCACAAUACAACAAAAGAGCAUCAACAAUUCAGAUCAUGCAGAACGUCGAAGGAAAUUGCUAAAUAUUAUUGAAAAGCAGAUAAAUCAACAUAAGCGCGGACAAAUAAAACAAAAGUUUCGUAGAGUGCGGCAAUUGGCGCCCCAUCAUUUGGCCUUAGUUUUCAAGAUCGAGCUCGCACACGCCCUCAACAAACUUUUUUUUUAUUCACAUCAGAGAGAUUGUUUAUACCCCCCCUCACGCCCUCUAUAAGAGCUCAUUACUUGAUGCGUGCAUUGUUUGUUCUCUGUUCUUGUGUUGUUUGAUCGACGUUAACGUUUCGUUUCGUCUAUUUUUUUUGCUCCUUUCGGCGACAACUUUAGCGCGUUGUAAUACAGUAGUAGUAACAGUAAGAAAAUUGAUGAAUUUUAGAAUACAUAUUACACUUUUUUUUCUCUAUCUGUGGUGAAAGCGGUCAACAGUUGGCUUCAUUUUACGUUGUAUGAAACAAAGAAAAGUAAGGAAAGAAAAGUACGAUGAAAUAAACGUUAUCACAUUGCAGCAGUGAUGUGUGCGGUGUACAACAA